AUGCCCAGUGACAGCUGUGAACACUGUGAUUGGAUGAUUUUGCUGUUCGUCACUGCAGUGGUCGGCAGGUUUUCUUUCACCUGAGUGUUGAUGUUAAGUGCAGCAGAGCAGUGACCUGCAUCAGUGUGACCGGGUGACACAGGAUUCUUGUUUUUGGCCUGUGGUGAACGAGGUUUAAGACGUUUAAACACAAAGAUUCCGGUCACACUGUAAGACGAGAAUCACCUGCUUUAUCUGUGGUGGUAACACGACAUCAUGGAGAGCAGACACACAACGUCCAACACACCUUUGCCCAGCUUUCAGCCAGAGAAUCGUCUCCCCCCUCUAAAGCCUCUCAUCCCCCUCUAAAGCCUCCUAAAGUUUCCAGAGACUAACCUCUAACUGCAGAGAGAAGCAGGAGGAGGAGGAGGAGGGUCCAGCUGAAACCCUGAUGAGGGGUCAAGUAGACAAACGCAGCCUGACAGGCUUUAAAGAAACCCUCAAAGCACGGGAUGACUCUUCUGAGAGUCACUGGCUGUUGUGUUCGGAGUGUCAAGCUUUCACGAACAUGGGAAACAAACAGAGCAGCAAACUUUAUGCAGAGAGUUUGGAAACUUUGCCGAAAUCACCCAGAAUCCAGAGCCCUCAGAAGAGAAGGAGAAGAAGAGAGGACAGUCUUCACCAUCACCUCAGGACGAUGCCCGGGACUCCUCAGGUUCCCUCAAAGGCCAAGAGACCAACAAAGCUUUGGGCGACAAGCUCUCCAAUGUCUGGAGAGUGGUACUUAGAGGAAGACAUCAUCUACACUCACACAGGCAGGAAAAAUGUAGUUACUGAGAAAGACAGGGGCAAUAAAACACAAGAGUUAAAGCCAACCUGGAGAGUGAAGCUGCCUGAUGCUGCGUCUGGAAAUUCACCUAAAUAUCACAGCAAGAAUGAAAGUAUAUCUCAUAGAAAGGAUUCAGUGGUAGAGAAUGAAAGUGCUAGUGCUGACUCAGACGCUGACCAUUCCGAUUAUGACAAUGAGACAUACUCAGUGCGUAGCACUGACUUAAGUAGGAGGACAGAGGAGAGAACCAAGAGAGCAGCAACAGCUCCAAACAGCCAGUCAGUAAGAGAGAAAUGUGAGGAGAAGAAAUCAGAGGAUGAGGCUGUGAAGUCCACUCAGUGUUGGUUUGAGGAGCUGAGGAAGAGAGCUGCAGCACAGCGAGUGAGGGGCAAGAUUGAGGAAGUUGAAGGAAUCAUACGACGGGUGAGUCUCACCAGUUUGGACUGGAUCAAAGAAGGUAGUAAAGAAGGUGAUGAAGCUGAGUUUGUUCCAGGUGGAGGCUUUAGUGAGGAUCAGCUCGAGCAACAGAGAUGCCAACCUCAAUUCAGCUCUGAUUCCCAAAAGGAAACUCGUAACAUGGGGCACAAUGCAGACAAGAUUCUUCUGGCAGAAGAACUUCAUGUCCUAUGUGAAGCUCUGAGCAAGAGCCUCCAGCAGGUGCUGAGAAUGGAGGGAGCAAAAGUGGACGACAUACAGAAUCCAUCACAUCCUCUAUCACGUCCUGACCAUUUCAUGCCAAAGGAUUUGUUACUAUCUCUCUCAAUCAGUGGAGGAGCCUCCUCUGAACCAUCACCACCUCUGUCCACACUCCUUAAUGUUUCUGCAAGAUCAUCCAUCAGCUUUGACAGAAUGUCCCCAAUUCUGUCCCCUUCAUUCAAAUUAUUUCAGUCCAGCCAGCUCUCUCAGCACGAAGAAGAAAACCAUGGGAGUCACAAAGAGCACAUGUACUCAGGAAGUUCCAUCAAAGUCACUGCUAACAGUGCCGAAGCAGAAACAGGUCAGAGGGAUUUCAAGGAGAAGCUGGAGAGGACAAGCUUUGGGCUGAGUGAGGACUUUUACAUGCAGACACGCAGACUCAACAAGGAGACAGAGACCGGCCAAGAUUUUCUGCUCUCCUCAGAUGAAGCUCUGCAGAGGCAGGAGGAGAUCUGGCAGCAGGAGAUUGAAGAGUCUCUCUCCUUCUGUCACUCACUUUCUCAUCCAUCCAGACCCAAACUUAUCGACUUCUUACGCAUCACUCCUUCUGAGGACGACAUCACGGACACACCUACAACCUCACCGCUACCCCACGAGUUUAGGUUGGACGUUUCCCCACCAGGAGAUGGAGAGGAACGAACUCCUGGUCGUUUACAAGCCGUUUGGCCUCCGGUCAAAGAGGAAAAAGUUGGCCUCAAGUAUACAGAAGCAGAGCAUCAGGCCGCUCUGCUGCAGCUGAAGAGAGAAUGUAAAGAGGAGCUGGAGAAGUUACAGGAGGACUUUGUUCAGGAACUUUCCAGACUACGUGUGGAAAACGAGGACAAUGUCUCCCGUCUGGAGUUCACUCUGUCCGAGCUGCAGGCCAAACUCUCCCAGGUUGGGACUCACUGUAGAGGGGAGCUGAAAGAUGUCGCUGUGUCCACUGGAGACGACUAUUUACUAAAAUCUUUCCGCACCGUUUGCAUCCAGACGGACAGAGAGACAUUUAUCAAAACCCCGGAUGAUGGAGAGGGGACAGGGAGGAUAUGCAUGAGUCCUCAGCAGCAGCAGGUGACCCCCAAAAAACUGGACCUCGCGUCCAUCAGCCUCAGCCUGGCAGGUCAUCGGGACAAUUCAGUGUCCUCCAUUUCAUCACCUGUCCCCUCAUCCCAAACGCUUCUUCCUCCUGGAGUCACAGAACAACCACCGGCCCCGACAAACAAAACACACAAUCUCCCUCCACCUCCUCCACCACCACCACCCCUGCCUUGUUUGUCAUCACCUCCAAACUACAUCCACACAUCAAAUAUCUCUUCACCACCUCCUCCUCCACCCCCUCCACCCAUGCCUGGCUUAGCUCCCCCACCUCUUCCUCCUCCAGGUGGGACUUUCAUAUUGGACAACCCUCCACGGAAAUCAGCAGUGGAGCCGACACAACCCAUGAAGCCUCUUUACUGGAGCAGAAUCCAGAUCCAGGACAACAACUGCAACACAGUGUGGAAUGUUUUAGAGGAGCCAAAGAUAAUCAACACCAAUGCGUUUGAGGAUCUCUUUGCAAAAAUCACCACUCAGACCAAGAGAAAACCGCUGUCUGAGGCUUAUGAGAAGAAAGCCAAAUCCAGGAAGAUCAUUAAGUUGCUGGAUGGUAAGCGCUCUCAGGCCGUGGGCAUCCUCAUAUCCAGCCUCCACCUGGAGAUGAAAGAUAUACAACAAGCUGUACUGAGUGUGGACCACUCUGUGGUGGACCUGGAGACCAUCGAAGCACUUUAUGAAAACAGAGCGCAGCCCGAGGAGCUGGAGCGGAUCAAGAAACACUACGAGACGUCGGCGGAAGAGGAAGUGAAGCUCCUGGACAAACCUGAACAGUUCCUGUAUGAGCUUUCCCAGAUACCAGACUUUGCAGGACGAGCUCACUGCGUCAUCUUCAAGUCAUCGUUCACUGAUAUGAUCGUGUCCGUUCAAAGCAAGCUCAACACAGUCUCCUCCGUCUGUAAGGCGCUGCUGGACAGCAACGACGUCCGGGAGGUGAUGGGACUGGUGUUGGCUCUGGGGAACCACAUGAACGGAGGCAGCAGGACCAGAGGUCAGGCUGACGGCUUUGGCCUGGAGAUCCUCCCUAAACUCAAGGACGUCAAGAGCAGAGACAAUCGUAUCAGCCUGGUGGACUUUGUGGUGUCGUACUACCUGCACAACGUGGACAAGAGUGCCGGCACAGAGAAAAGUGUCUUCCCUCUUCCUGAACCUCAGGACGUCUUCCUGGCAGCACAGGUCAAGUUCGACGACCUGAGCAGAGACCUGAAACAGCUCGUGCGAGAUCUAGCAAGUUGUGAGAGAAGCGUGCAGAGGGUUUGCUCCGACUCUCCUGACGAGCACCUGCAGCCGUUUAAAGACAAGAUGGAGGCUUUUGUUGUCAGAGCACGAAAAGAACACACCGAAGCUUCCUAUCAGCUCAUGACUGUGCAAAAAAGUUUCCAGGAUUUGGUUCUGUAUUUUGGACUGAAGCCAAAGACCGGGGAGACGGAUGUGACAAGCGGCCAUUUCUUCAUGCUCUGGUUUGAGUUUUGUGCCGACUUCAAAGCCAGGUGGAAGAAGGAGAACAAGAGUAUCUCUAAGGAGAGGCUAAAGGAGGCUCAGCUGUCAGUGAAGAGAAUCACGGCGGAGAAGAAAGUCGAGACGAGAAAGAUCAACCCCAACAGCCUGAAAGACCGACUGCGUCAGAAACAGGCCAACGUGUCUUCGACUUAAGAGACAUCACCUGUCCCAGGUUGGACCCUGAUAUCGGCUCCAGCUCUCACAUUAUACGCUCUCAUAUUCAGCGACACUAUCACUUUAUUCCAGCUCAUAUUACCUUUUUUUAUCAAUGCUAAUUUGUUGUUUGUAAAAUGUUACCAAACCCACAUUAACUCUGUAAUCGUUUACCUUUUUUUUCUUUCUUUUUUUAAUGGGAUUCAUUUGUUGCUUAAACUGCGAAAAAAAAUACUUGUUUAAAUCCAAAAAGAUUGAUGCAAUCGUUUGUGCAACAUUAGAUCUGUGUAUAGAUGAUUACAUUGCUCUUAAUUUUGCAUGUGUCAUUACGACUGACUGUAUUUUCCACUAAUAAAAGCACUGAAGGUUGA